AGAACCAGUCCCACCGGCACAGACUGCAAUCUGUUGUACAAUGUAGAUCCAAUCUAUGUAAGUGUAUCUCUAUGUGCGGCGACCCGGAGCUUUCAUUGAGGUCAAACUGCCAUCAAAACGUUUCAGGAAGCGAAAUAGAGGAGGAGCUGGGUCAACGUUUGUUGUUGUUGUUGUUGUCACCUGGGCUACAUCUACUUCUUGUCCGAAGGACUGUCCUGUUAACGCACCAGGGGUGUGUUUUCUUCGUGGAGUUUAAAGUUUCCUCCCCGGCGGAUGAAUGGCAAUGACGGCAGUGAGAGCGGUGGCAGCGGGGGGCCCGGCGUCUUUGUCCCGGUUUAGAGGAGCACUGGUGGCGGCUGUGCUGGGAGACUGUGUCGGCGGAGAGUUUGAAGGAGCGGAGGAGGUUCCCAUGGAGAGUGUCCUGCAGCAUCUGAACAGCCUGGACGACGAGACCAAAGGAAAUGGUCAGAGAGAGGCAGAGAUUUGAUCACAGUGUGUGCAAAACUCCGUAGGGCUGAAAGCAGGAGAGGACAUCCAUACAGAUAGAUAUGCUGAUAUAAAAUAUAUAUAUAGCUACCUGCUGUUGACACUAUAUAGGGGAGAGUGGGAUAAGAUGAGACAUUUUUCAUGUUUCGGAUAACUAAAUCCAAGCAACCAUAGUUUUGUCUCUAACUAGUGUAUCUGCAUAUAUUUCAGGAUGUUGUGCAUCCUUGAAAACCAACAGAAUGAGUGUAAACACAACUGUCUUGCUAAUAUAGAAUGCCAAAAAAGUGGUCUUCUAUGGUCAACUUACCCCGUGUAUGGGGUAAGUUGAGCUGCUGAGGUCCACAGUCACUUUUUUCCAUUCUGGAGGGAUUUAUGGAUUUACCUGUCAAACCUCAAACCCCUAAAAAUUACAUGAGUCUUUGGUUUGGUUUAUGAUGGCAUAAGAGUGCACGACCAACAUGUUCGUAUUUUGAUUGACAUUGUUCAAGUCUACCAUCAUUUACUGCAGUUUUUAUAAACAUACUGAAUUGGCUAUCAGUCAUGGUGACUUAUCCAGAAUUUGGAGUUAUUGGUAAAACUACAAUCUGUCAGAUAUUUUCUAUUCAGCUGAGCUCAUAAGGGCUUCAUUGGCAUUAGCAGGGGUGUCACCAAAGUUAAUUCAAAGCUCUUGAAGUGAAGUGAUGUUGUGAUGUAUGGUCCUUUUCUGUAGAGGUACACUUUAAAAACUCACAAAAACUUAAAAUAACGGGUUAACAGUUUGUUAUCACUCAUUGUGUUUUUCAAACAAAGAAUAAUGGCAAAUACAUUUGACAUACAGUAACUCACAAAUGCAUAGUCAGGACUACUCAGAUGGUUUGUGCUGUUAUAAAACCUGUUACUAUUUCUGUAUUUGCAUGUGUGAUAGGAAUCCUGGAGUACAGUGACGACACAGCCAUGGCUCGCUGCGUGGUCCAGUCUCUGCUAACUCGCACUGGUUUUGAUGAGCAGGAUAUGGCUCGCAGGUAAAGCUGACUCUUAAAGCUUCUCAUUAUAGUUCAUGGCGUUAAUACCCACUUCCACAGGCUGAUGAAACAAUAAAGGAAGCAGUUACAAGCACAUUAGUCGAAGCUGUGGUGUCUUAUCCCUCCAGGUUUGCAAAGGAAUACAGCGCAUCUCCAGGUCGAGGUUAUGGUAACGGAGUGAUCCAGGUGUUGAAGAAGCUGUCGUCCCCUCAGCUCACUGAUGUGUACCAACCAGCCAGAGAUCAGUUUAAUGGUCGAGGUUCUUUUGGAAACGGAGGCGCCAUGAGGGCAGCUCCCUUUGCACUGUCUUUCCCUGAUUUGGCAGAUGUUAAAAGGGUGAGCAGCAAGCUUCCUUUGCACCAAAAACCACAUCACAUGUUCAAGUCUUGAAGAUUUUUAUGAUUUUGGUAGUUUUGUAGAGCUUUCAUGCUGCUUUUACACUCCCACUACACAAGUACAAGUUUAAAUCAGUCUUGUGUCACAACAAGAAUUUCAAAGAAAAUAUCUACCUAAUAAAAAAAAGGAAUUGAAACUCACAUAUCCUGUAUUUAUUUAUUUAUGUUUUGACCUGUAGUUCGCCCAUCUUGGUGCCAUGCUGACCCACUCCUGCUCCCUUGGAUAUAACGGUGCUGUGCUGCAGGCAUUAGCAGUGCACCUCUCCCUGCAGGGUGCGCUAGACCUUCCUCAGCAGUUUAUCAGCAGACUGAUCACAGAAAUGGAGGAAGUGGAGGCCAAUGAGGAGACACGUAACGAUGCCAGAAUGUGAGUGUAACAGGAAUGAAAACCUCCUUCGAAAUCACUGAAUGAAGAAUAAAAGCAACUGAUAUCAGCCUGAACGUCUUAGAAAUUGGACUGGAUCAGUGGUUCUCAAGUCCAGUCCUCGAGGCCCACUGUCCUGCAUGUUUUGGAUGUUUCCCUGCUCCAACACACCUGAUUCAAAUGAUCAGCUCGUUAUUAAGCCAUUACAGAGCUUGAUAACGAGCUGAUAAUUCGAAUCAGGUGUGUUGGAGCAGGGAAACAUCCAAAACAUGCAGGACAGUGGGCCUUGAGGACUGGACUUGAGAACCACUGGACUGGAUGAUAAGAUAUAGAACAAAAUGAUGUUCAAAAGAAGUACUGUUUCUGUAUUCAUAUAGAGUAUAUUUACAUUCAUUAUCAUUUUUUUGAUUAGAUCAUCACUGCUAGCCUGCUACUUUGAAUAAUAUUCUUAUAAGCUUUAAGAAACUAGAGCAUUUAAAGGUCAUGUUGUAAAUUUAAUUUAAAUGUUUAAAAAGCGCUACCAAUCACACAUUUUUUAGCCAGUUUUUUUAGACUUUUUAGGCUUUUUCUUUACAAUUAUACAGAUUUAAUCUACAGUUCUGGUGCCAAAAAUCUCUAAAACACUCAAUAAGUUUGUUAAUAAACUUGAAAUGAGUGAACAUCUGGUGAUCAUUUUAAAGCAUCCAGGGGCUUUGGAUCAAGUUGCUUUAAAUGCUUUAUCAGGUGGCUCCCAUAUAAUCUUUCUGAGGUUUAAUUGAUAAAAAACAUCUGUCUCUAUAUUAUCACAAAAACACAACAAUUUAUACAAAUGUAUAGAUGGAUAUUAAGAAUUGCAUGUUGUGGGCGCUGCUGUUAUAUUGAAUAUUGUUCUUCUGUGUUUCUGUACAGUCUUCAAGAAGCAGAGAAGCCAUUCUGUGAGCGCCUCCACAGAGUGAGAGACCUGAUGGACAAAAGCAAGGUCAGCAUAGAGGAAGUCAUCUCUGAGCUGGGUCAGUAUCUGCCUUCUCUGACUAAAGCUUGACUCUUCAUCCGGCCUUUUUCCGCAGGUGUUGAGUCAUCCACACUAGACUUGAUAACAAGUUGCGGAUUUAUUUAGUGAUCUUAAAAAAUGUACAUGUGCAGUGAAAACAUAUAAAGUUAUUUUAGCAAAUUAGGGAGUCAUUUAAUGUUCACAGUCAUUGUUUUCUUACUUAGGCAUGUAUGUUUUACCUGUUGAAAGGGAUCCUGGUUGUCUUUGGUUAUGUUUUUACAACAUUUGGUGCAAUUAAAUGAAUCUCAGUCCAGCUGUCAGCUAACAUCAGGAUAAUUGGGGAUACUUUGGUGAAGAGAUAACAGCUCUUUCGAUGGAUCUGUAUGCAGAGAAAAGAUUCUGCAAAGCAGGAAUUUGUUAGACAGAAGGAAUCGCAAAUAGACAGUAGAAAGUGUGAUUUGAUGAGGCUGAAAUGAACUCUUUGAACAUAUAUAUCACACUUCUUAUCGGUAUAACAAUAUUAAAUAAUGUUAUUGCUCAUUACUGUUUUCAGUUAUUAUGCAGCCAUAGUGGCAGAUUUGCUGGCCAAAGCCUAAACCAACUGUGGUAAAAUUAAGAGAUAAGUUUGGUUUGAUUAUAUGAAAAUACGCGUCAAGAUAUAAAUUAUACUUUUGUUACUUUGUUGAAUAUACACUCACCGGCCACUUUAUUAGGUACACCUGUCCAACUGCUCGUUAACACUUAAUUUCUAAUCAGCCAAUCACAUGGCGGCAACUUAGUGCAUUUAGGCAUGUAGACAUGGUCAAGACAAUCUCCUGCAGUUCAAACCGAGCAUCAGUAUGGGGAAGAAAGGUGAUUUGAGUGACUUUGAACGUGGCAUGGUUGUUGGUGCCAGAAGGGCUGGUCUGAGUAUUUCAGAAACUGCUGAUCUACUGGGAUUUUCACGCACAACCAUCUCUAGGGUUUACAGAGAAUGGUCCGAAAAAGAAAAAAUAUCCAGUGAGCGGCAGUUCUGUGGGCGGAAAUGCCUUGUUGAUGCCAGAGGUCAGAGGAGAAUGGCCAGACUGGUUCGAGCUGAUAGAAAGGCAACAGUGACUCAAAUAACCACCCGUUACAACCAAGGUAGGCAGAAGAGCAUCUCUGAACGCACAGUACGUCGAACUUUGAGGCAGAUGGGCUACAGCAGCAGAAGACCACACCGGGUGCCACUCCUUUCAGCUAAGAACAGGAAACUGAGGCUACAAUUUGCACAAGCUCAUCGAAAUUGGACAAUAGAAGAUUGGAAAAACGUUGCCUGGUCUGAUGAGUCUCGAUUUCUGCUGCGACAUUCGGAUGGUAGGGUCAGAAUUUGGCGUCAACAACAUGAAAGCAUGGAUCCAUCCUGCCUUGUAUCAACGGUUCAGGCUGGUGGUGGUGGUGUCAUGGUGUGGGGAAUAUUUUCUUGGCACUCUUUGGGCCCCUUGGUACCAAUUGAGCAUCGUUGCAACGCCACAGCCUACCUGAGUAUUGUUGCUGACCAUGUCCAUCCCUUUAUGACCACAAUGUACCCAACUUCUGAUGGCUACUUUCAGCAGGAUAAUGCGCCAUGUCAUAAAGCUGGAAUCAUCUCAGACUGGUUUCUUGAACAUGACAAUGAGUUCACUGUACUCAAAUGGCCUCCACAGUCACCAGAUCUCAAUCCAAUAGAGCAUCUUUGGGAUGUGGUGGAACGGGAGAUUCGCAUCAUGGAUGUGCAGCCGACAAAUCUGCGGCAACUGUGUGAUGCCAUCAUGUCAAUAUGGACCAAGCUCUCUGAGGAAUGCUUCCAGCACCUUGUUGAAUCUAUGCCACGAAGAAUUGAGGCAGUUCUGAAGGCAAAAGGGGGUCCAACCCGUUACUAGCAUGGUGUACCUAAUAAAGUGGCCGGUGAGUGUACGUUUACUUUCUUCUUCUGUCACUAAUCAGUUUCUGUUUUUUCCUCCAGGUAAUGGCAUCGCAGCUCUCCACUCAGUCCCCACUGCCAUCUUCUGUGUCCUCCACUGCCUGGAGCCGCGGGACUGUCUCCCAGGGAGCUUCGGUGGCGUGGAGAGGACGAUAGCAUACAGCCUAGCCCUGGGAGGGGACACUGACACCAUUGCUUGCAUGGCGGCGGCUAUCGCUGGGGCCCAUUAUGGCAUCGAGGCUAUUCCACAGUCAUGGAUAAAGUGCUGUGAGGGGGCAGAGGAUGCAGACAUGGACGCAGGGCGACUUCACAAGUUGUACCACCAGCUCUCACAAAGUGGUGGGAGCGAGAAGGGGGAGCAAAGCAAUGAAGAUUCAACUGAGAGCCAGUCAAAGGCUGCAAACGGCACAGACAAGAAAACUGGAGCCGACUGAUUGAGCAACUGGAGUUUGACAAAAGGACUCUUUAAGGACACCCACCCCAAAAACACUCAGACAACAAACCCUUUUCAGACUGUUUGUUUACAGAGAACCUGUAAUUUAGCUCAAGAAAUCCAACACUGCAAAGUUAUUUUACUUUGAAACACCUCAAAGGUUUUCUUCUUUUCCUGGUAUGAUGCUAUGAGACCCCCCAAGCUUACAACAAUAACAACAAAAAAAACACAUCCUGUGAGAAAGAAAUACUUGCCAGAGAACCAGCCAGAGAGGACUGACUGAUGACGUCUUACAGAAACUCAUGCUGAACACACAAACAUACAUGCACGCACACAUACAUGCACACAUACAGGAUGCACACACAAUUACAGAAUUCUCUCCUUCCUUCCCUUUUGUUUUUGUGUUGAACAAUCUUUUGUCAUGUGAGUGUUGCACUUUGAAUUGGCCAUGUCUUGUUCUAUCCUUUUGGAUGAAAAUUAUUUAAUAAACUUUUUUUUAACUCAUGUCA